GUACAGAAGCGACGUGUCGAUUCACCCUAGUUACACGGGUCUUAAAAAUUUCCCUUAGUGUUCGCCAUCGAUAGCGUCAGAAUCGACCGUGUCUUCAGUGUCGGGAUGCCCCCGAAGACAUUGAUUGUCCCCGAUUUGCUAACCAACAACGAGAGACGCCGUCUGAACAAGCUACUCCAGACAUGAUGACUAAAUUUCGCCGCCUCUGAAAACGAUUGUAUCGAUACGCGAGUGAAUAAAGGUGCAUUUUGGAAAUGGUUUAGAGCUCUGCUCCUGUUAUGUUCUUUAACGCUGAGUGGAGAAUACUAUGUUCCGUAACAAGUACCAGCAAGGACUACUGUCUGUCUUGUACAGCUGCGGAUCGUCCCCAUUGGAAAUAUGGGACAUGCACGUGAAGAAUGGUUAUAUUCGAAGGGUGACAGAUGAGGAGGUCAAGUCAUUGGCCCUGGAAAUAGCAGGAACCAACGUGACGACAACUUAUAUUUUUACCCCUCCGAACCCGAAGAAAGCGCUCGGAAUUAGGCUCCCCUUUUUGAUCAUGAUCAUCAAGAACAUGAAGAAGUAUUUCACGUUCGAAAUAACAAUUUUAGACGACAAAAAUAUGCAUAGGAGAUUCCGAAUGAGCAAUUUCCAAAGUACUACACGCGUUAAACCCUUCUGCACGUCGAUGCCGAUCGGUCUGUCAGGUGGUUGGAAUCAGAUUCAAUUUAAUCUGGCAGACUUCACGCGAAGAGCGUACGGCACAAAUUACAUUGAGACUACACGCAUUCAGAUCCACGCGAAUUGUCGAAUUCGACGUAUUUAUUUUGCGGACAGGCUUUAUUCGGAAGACAAUCUGCCGGAGGAAUUUAAGCUCUUCCUACCGGUUCACCGGAAGAAGUGUGUUAGAGAAGAAGAUGUGAAGGGUCGCAAGGAAACGAAAAAACCGGAAAAAGUUGAAGACAUUGAGCAGCCGCUAUUUGAGGCAACUGGAGAAGCAGAGGAUGAAGAAAAACAGAAAAAAGGGAUGUCAGAGGAAGAACCAAUUGAGGAUGAAGCUGCUCCUUCAGAUGAAGCAAAAAAAGUUCAAAUAAGAGAGGAUGAAGAAGAAGAUGAUGACGAAAUUAAACCCGCAGAAAUAACGGAUUAUGAAGUUGAAGAUGAAGGUCCUGCUGAAGAUGAAUUUGAAGAAUCUGCGGUCGCUGCGCAUGUAACGUCUCCUGGAGAGGUAACAGAAGGGGAAACUGAUGCGGAAGAAAUAACAGCCGAUGAAGGAGGAGAAGAAGAAGAAGAAGAAGAAGAAGAAGAAGAAGAAAAAGAAGAAGAAGAAGAAAAUGAAGUUGAACAAUGAAUACAUAAUACUCUCAUAGUGUAAAUAUUAAUCAAUAAAAUAUUUAUUUUUAUGCGACUUAAUGUUAUUUACGGGGAUGAUAUUUUGCCAAAGUUUACAAAGUUUAGUCAAAAGGUG